AAAAUUCGAUGACUUGAGUUUUCUCCUCCACCUUCAUCGAUCCCUCUCUCAAUGUCGCCAGCUCAAUUCCCUUUUGCUUUCCUUCAAAAACCCUAACCCUAGCCGCGCCAAUACCCCUCUCCCACUUCGGAAUGGAACUCCAAAUCAAGAAAGUAGGAGAGAAGGAUCUGGAGAUUGGGCAGGCGAGCCAGUCGCCGAGCGUUGCUGGGGUAUCGCCGUUGCCGUCUCCGGGGCCGUCCCCGACGGCGGCACCGGCCUUGGUGCUGUCGAACUCGGGGAAGCGGAUGGAUCAGGCGGGGAAGAAGAAGUAUGUGAAGCAGGUGACGGGGAGGCACAACGAUACGGAGCUACACAUCGCUGCCCAGCGUGGGGACCUCGCCGCCGUGCGUCAGAUCCUGAGCGAGAUCGAUGCGCAGAUGAUGGGCACUUCUGGGGGUGCUGACUUUGACGCUGAGGUCGCGGAGAUCCGGUCCGCUGUUGUCAACGAGGUCAACGAGGUGGAGGAGACGGCGCUUUUCAUCGCUGCUGAGAGGGGAUUCAUUGAUGUUGUAGUGGAGCUGUUGAAGUACUCGGAUAGGGAGAGCAUCGCGAGGAAGAACCGCUCGGGUUAUGACGCGUUUCAUGCAGCUGUUAGGGAAGGCCAAACGGCCAUUGUUCAGGUGCUUUUGGACCAUGACCCAACGCUAUGUAGGACAUUUGGUCCAUCAAAUGCGACUCCCCUAAUCACCGCUGCUACAAGGGGGCACACUGAGGUUGUUAAUCUGUUAUUGGCAAAAGACUCUAGCAUGGUUGAGUUAGCUAAAGCCAAUGGGAAAAAUGCUUUGCAUUUUGCGGCCCGUCAAGGACAUGUAGAGAUUGCGAAAGCAUUGCUUGAUAAGGAUCCACAACUUGCUCGAGCGACUGACAAGAAAGGGCAAACUGCAUUCAACAUGGCAGUGAAGGGAACAAGUUCUGCUGUUGUGCAAGCUCUUGUGGAUGCAGAUCCUGCUAUUGUUAUGCUGCCUGACAAAUACGGGAACACAGCAUUACAUGUGGCAACAAGGAAAAAAAGAGCGGAGAUUGUAAAUUUUCUUUUAAGCCUUCCAGACACCCAUGUAAAUGCACUGAAUAGGGAACACAAAACAGCCUAUGACAUUGCUGAAGCAUUACCGCUCUCUGAAGAUUCUGCAGAGAUUAAGGAAUGUUUGGCACGGUUUGGUGCUGUCAGAGCAAAUGAACUGAAUCAGCCUAGAGAUGAGUUGCGAAAGACAGUGACUGAGAUUAAGAAGGAUGUCCAUACACAGCUAGAGCAGACAAGGAAGACCAAUAAGAAUGUGCAUGGUAUUGCUAAGGAGCUCAGGAAACUCCAUCGUGAAGGCAUUAAUAAUGCCACAAAUUCUGUAACUGUGGUUGCUGUUCUUUUUGCCACAGUUGCCUUUGCUGCUAUCUUCACUGUGCCGGGUGGUACUCAUGAUGAUGGAGUUGCGGUGGCCAUCAAUAAGGCUUCUUUCAAGAUUUUUUUUGUCUUCAAUGCUGUCGCUCUGUUUACCUCAUUGGCUGUUGUUGUGGUUCAGAUAACUCUUGUUAGGGGUGAGACGAAAUCUGAGAGAAGGGUUGUGGAGGUGAUCAACAAGUUGAUGUGGCUCGCAUCCGUAUGCACUACUGUUGCUUUCAUUGCUUCUUCAUACAUCGUGGUUGGUCGGCAUUUCCAGUGGGCAGCAAUCUUAGUAACAUUGGUAGGUGGUCUGAUCAUGGCUGGUGUGCUUGGCACCAUGACUUACUAUGUUGUAAAGUCCAAAAGAAGCCGAAAAAUCAAGAAAAGGGAGAAGUCAUCAAGGAGGAGCGGUUCAAACUCAUGGCACCAUAAUUCAGAAUUAUCUGACUCCGAUAUAAGCCGGAUUUACGCCAUUUGAAGCAUGUGAACCACAAAUCAUGGUUUAAUUCCAUUUUGAUUUGUAUGUAUACAAGAAAGAUCGUCACCAUUUUCUUCCUGGAAUUGGAAGGAAACUACUUUCUGUAAUGGUUGAUGUGUUUACUCCCACCACUGUUGUUGUUAUUAUUGUCUUCUCCUGAAUGAGCUCGUGAAGGGGUUCUUGUUUGUUGAUUUGCAGGGGAUGGAUGAAAUUUUAACUUCACUUUUGUGAAAAAGCUCAUUUUCUAAUGAAAAUCAUAAAUUACACUUUCCAAAU